GAGAAAGAGAGGAUAGGAAGAAUCUAAAAAGGAAACAACAUUUCUUGUUCUGCUUGUGCAGCACAAGAAACUUCAAUUCAGCAAGCGUUGUCCUCGUGUGUGAGUGUGACACACGUAGAAGAUAAGAGAAGAGAAGAGAGCAGGUGGAACAGUUUUCGCCGGAAAGAUGACCGGCGGUGGGUCGUCGGGGAGGUUGCCUACGUGGAAGGAGAGAGAGAACAAUAAGAGGAGGGAGAGAAGACGAAGAGCGAUUGCUGCUAAGAUCUAUUCAGGCCUUCGAGCUCAGGGGAACUACAAGCUUCCCAAGCACUGUGACAACAACGAGGUCUUGAAGGCACUCUGUACCGAAGCUGGUUGGAUUGUAGAAGAAGAUGGCACUACCUAUCGAAAGGGAUGCAAUAGACCCCCAAGUGAGAUUGGAGGCACUCCACCGAAUAUGAGUGCUUGUUCUUCGAUUCAGCCAAGUCCACAAUCCUCAUCAUUCCCUAGUCCAGUGCCUUCAUACCAUGCCAGCCCUACUUCUUCGUCUUUCCCCAGUCCUACACGCAUUGAUGCAAACCCCUCUUCCUUCCUCCUUCCAUUCAUCCGCAACAUAACUUCCAUCCCUACAAAUCUUCCACCUCUCAGGAUAUCUAAUAGCGCCCCUGUAACCCCACCUCUUUCUUCACCCAGAAGUUCAAAGCGGAAAGCAGAUUUUGAAUCCCUCUCCAAUGGUUCCCUAAACUCCUUCCGCCACCCUCUUUUUGCUACUUCUGCUCCAUCAAGCCCUUCGCGCCGUCACCAUGUGGCUACUUCCACCAUUCCAGAAUGCGACGAGUCUGAUGCUUCCACAGUGGACUCUGGUCGCUGGGUUAGUUUUCACUCAACAGCUGCUCCUCCUUCCCCUACCUUUAAUCUUAUGAAGCCGGCAAUUCAACAGAUCACCCCACAGGAUAUGAAUGAUGGCAUACAAUGGGGAUCGGCUGCAGAGAGAGGCAGAGGAUCAGAUUUUGACUUUGAGAAUGGCAGAGUGAAGCCGUGGGAGGGUGAGAGAAUACAUGAUGUAGGAAUGGAUGAUUUGGAGCUUACUCUGGGGUUUGGAAAGGCCUGAUGCUAAAACCAACUUACCUUCAUAUGUUUAUACGGCACCAAAGAAUCACAUAUUCUAUUGUAAUCCCUCAACAAAGGGUGCCUGGUUUCCUUUGCGAUCAUGUGGAUUGCUGGGAUCUGCUACUUUGCCAGCGUCAGGGGAAUUGGUUGUUAUGCUAUAUUUCUAUAUUUUCCUUGUGUGUACAGUUCAUUUUAUAUAGCAGUGGUUAGUGGUUACAUUACAUGAAAUUUGACUUCAUUGUAAUGCCUUGUUAAUUGUUUAAGAGUUGCAUUUGAAGCAACCUUUUAAGGAAGUGUUUUGAGACUUGAAUCUUAACUUACUAAGACAAGGGAAGUGGAAGUUCAACGCGGUGA